GGCAAAAUCGAAAUUCAACCCAACAUGAAGGGCUAUCAUACUGAAGUUGUCAUAUUCUCUCCUUCUUCUUCUUCCUUUAUUAGCUAUACCCAACCUUAAAACCAAGCUUUUAAUUUUGUCUCUCUUUUUUCUCUGUGUUUUUUUUUUUCUUUUAAUUUUUUUUAUAUUGUUUAUUUCUUCAUUGUGUUUUGACCGUUGCUUUUUUUGUUAACUUCUUUCUCUAUUCACACUCUCUCUCUCUCUCUCACUGAUUCCUUCUACACUGUCAUUGAUCAAAAGCAAUGUUUUGUUCUUGUUCUCUAUUUACACAAAAAAAAAAAAAAAGUCUUAUUCCUGUUCCUCAACACCAUUCUUAGAUUUGUGAUUUCUUUAUGAAUCUGGUGAAAUACAAAGAAGGAUUAUUCUCCUUUGAUUUCAAUUUCAAUGCAAACUUAGGAUAUAAUUAUUAUUCAUAGAGGUGUGAGUAAGAGAUGGGAUGUUCACAAUCAAAGUUGGAUGAUGAAGAGUCAGUUCAGCUUUGUAAAGACAGAAAGAAGUUCAUCAAACAAGCUGUUGAGCAAAGAACUCGAUUUGCAACCGGUCAUAUAGCCUACAUUGAAUCAAUGAAAAGAGUUUCCACAGCUCUUCGUGAUUAUAUUGAAGGAGACGAGCCUCGGGAGUUCUCAUUAGACUCGGUCGUUACACCGCCUUUUACACCCGUGAAGAAGAAAAUCGGCAAUGGCAUUGGCAUUGGCAAUGGCAAUGGUUUUGUUCCGAUAUCAGCGAAAUCUUUUGCACAGACAACAAUUGAGUUUGGAGUUGGACCAAAUUCUACUUUGAAAAUGAAUUAUCUUAGACCUGGUGGUAAUCCAGUUAUUUCUGUUGAGGAAAGGCCUCCAUCUCCAGAAACUGUUCGAAUCGAGAGAUUCGAAACGUAUUCAUCAAUGCCGCAUUAUGGCAUUGAUGGUUAUUUUGGUAUGCAAUCACCACCUAUGAAUCCUUCAAUUUUUCCUUAUUCUCCUCCUAUUAAUAGGCCUAGUAUCCCUCCACCAUCACCUCAAAAUACUCAAUGGGAUUCCUUUUGGAACCCCUUUUCGUCGUUGGAUUACUAUGGUUAUCCGAGCCGAACUAGCCUUGAUCAAACCGGUAUCGAUGAUGAAUACAAAGGACUUAGACAAGUUCGAGAAGAAGAAGGAAUACCGGACCUCGAAGAAGAUGAAACUGAACAAGAAGAUUAUGUUGGGAAGAGAAAUGUAGCAGAAGAAAGAACCAGAAAUGUUGUAAAUUCCUCCAAUGAAGAAGUCAUUGUUGAAGAUGUCGAUGAUGAUGACGAUGAUGAUGAAGAGGAAGAUGAGGAGGACGAGGAAGAAGAAGAAGAUGGAACAGAUGAUGAAACAGAAACCGAAGUCGAGCACGAUGCCAAAGAUUCACAGCAAGUGCAUGGCAGUGCUAGUUUUGAAGUAUCAAAAUCUCAAGCUGCAGGUCAUAUUGAAUCAAGCCAUAGAGAAAUGGCAAUUGGUAAACAAGAAGCUAAGGAAGAAACGCCCGGUUUUACCGUGUAUGUAAACCGAAGGCCAACGAGCAUGGCAGAAGUGAUCAAUGAUCUUGAAGCUCAAUUUGAAAUUGUGUGCAAUGCAGCCAAUGAUGUCUCAGUAAUCUUAGAGGCCAAGAAAGCUCAGUAUUUAUUAACAUCUAAUGAACAUUCAGCAUCAAAACUACUGAAGCCGGUGGCAAUGUUCCGGUCAGCUUCUUCACGCUCUUCUUCAUCGAGAUUUUUAACGAAUUCUUCAAGCACUAGGGGGGAAAGGUAUGAGGAAAGUAAGGAUAUCUCUGAGGAACAUUGUAGGCUUUCUGGCAGUCACCAAUCUACAUUGGACAAAUUGAAUGCAUGGGAGAAGAAGCUCUAUGAGGAAGUUAAGUCGGGAGAACGAGUCCGAAUUGCAUAUGAGAAAAAAUGCAAGCAACUAAGCAACCAUGAAGUAAAAGGAGAGGACCCUUCUGCAGAUAAAACAAGAGCAGCCAUUAGAGAUUUAGAUACUCAGAUAACAGUUUCAAUACACUCAGUUGAAGCUAUUUCCAGGAGAAUCGAAACUCUAAGGGACGAAGAGUUGCAUCCCCAACUUCUUGAAUUGGUACAAGGGCUUGAAAAGAUGUGGAAAGUGAUGGCAGAAUGUCAUCAGACACAGAAGAGAACCUUAGAUGAAGCUAAGAUUCUUCUAGCAGGCACACCUUCUAAACUACAUUCCAAAAGACAAUCUUCCAUGUCAAUGACCGAUCCAACUAGGCUUGCCCGGUCGGCCUCUAACCUCGAAUCCGAGUUAAGAAACUGGCGAAUCACCUUCGAAUCAUGGAUCACUUCUCAAAGAUCCUACAUUCACGCACUAACCGGAUGGCUUCUCCGGUGCGUGAGAUCCGAGCCAGACGACGAUGUAUCAAAGUCACCAUGCUCUCCUCAUAGGUCAAGUGGCACUCACCCGUUAUUUGGACUUAUUGUUCAGUGGUCAAGGCGUCUAGACGCGAUACACGAAAAGGCAGUGCUUGAUGGCAUGGACUUUUUCGCGGCCGGAAUGGGGUCCCUCUAUGCACAUCAAUUGAGACAAGAUUCUAAGAUAAAUUCAUAUGGAUCAAAGCAAAAUGGCGGCAAUAAUAUGGAAAUGGUGGAAGUUGGUCAAGUGGAAGAAGAGGUUACUAUGGCUCCUGAAAAACUUGCUGAAGUUGCUAUUAAAGUGCUUUGUGCUGGAAUGUCUGUUGCUAUAAGCUCAUUAGCAGAGUUUUCAUUUGAUUCUGCUGAGGCUUAUAGUGAAGUUGUGAAGCAAUGGGAGAGUGUGAAGACUAGAACAUAGUUGUUGUCUCACAUUUUGUGUGCUUAGCUUAGUUAAUUAGUUUAGGCUUGUUUAGCUAUGUGUGUUUGUCUAUGUAAUUAUGCAUUUAGCUAAUCAAUACAAAGGUAGAUAGUUAGGGCCAUUGCACCCUUUAUUAUUCAAAUAACUUUUUUGUUUGCCCCUUCUAAAUCAUCUUUCGAAGCCACUUUGGCUCCUAGUAAAUGGAAAAAAGGAAAUUAAUAAU